AUGACACGGAUCCCUUCAGGGACCUGGGUUCGUGGGCCGUGGGGACCUUCCAUAGCACGGCGACCCUGUCCCCAGAGGGUGCCUGCGGUCUGUAUGUGCUUCGGUGCAUGCAUCGUCUCAAUAUUUUCCUGUUCCGCCUCGGCCACUCUGGCUGGGCGGGCCUUAUUUUUAUGCCCCGACGCCGCUCUAACCCUAACCCUAUUUCACUUCUCAAUAAAACAAAUUCUACGAUACUGGCUAUCACUUUUUGCAUUCAAUCAUUUUAUAAGCUGCCAAAGCUUCCAAAGUGGUACAUAUCUAGAGAUGCCCUGCAUCCAAAUAAGAUAUUUCUGGAGCAAAAAUCCUACAAACCUUUGCGUCAUGCUUCAUUUUCAGCACACAAACGAUGUUUCUGCUGCGAUAUGUCGAUAG